AUGGCGGACAAGGAAGAGCAAGAGACGAUGACCUCGUACAAGCUGUUUUUGAGUGUAAUAAGCAAGAGAAGAACAUGGGCCUGUCUCUUUCUUGUCGUCUACGCGAUCCUCUUGUCUUGUUCGUGGAAUUCGCUGAAUUCGAUUGUCAACUGGUACGGAGAUAACCACCAGACGUCAUCUGGUUGGCCUGCGGUUUACGCGUCGGUGCUUCUUGGGGCUGUGUUCGGAGUUCUGUCGAUGUCGGCGGCGCUGUUCAUAGCUGUGCCGGCGAUCGUGGUGAUAUGGAUAUCGGUGGUGGUAACGAUGGCUUUCGCCGGGAAAUCGAGGAGGAGAGUGGUGGUUGAAGGGAGGAAAGUGACGAAAGAGAUCGCUGGGUUUGUGUUUAGGGUUCUUCUUAAAGAAGGAAACUUUGUUGCUCUUCUUUGUGCUCUUCUUGCUUACUUCGUCUUCUUCAAUUCUUACUCUUUCUCUUCCUCCUCUUGA